UGCUCGUUGGUCACACUGGCGGCGAUUAUUACAUUUGUUUCUGAGUGAUUUGGUUUGUCAUUGUAGUACAUAAAAAAUAUUAUUUAAAUAUAGCAAAAAUGACGACAGACACCGCGCUUCCACCCCCUUCAGUAAUGUGGGCCCAAAGGCCGAGUGUUAUAUUACUUACAGUUAAUUUAGAAGACUGUAGUGAACCCGAAAUCAAAUUCACACCCACUACAUUUUAUUUCAAAGGCACAGGUGGUGUUGAUAAAAAGACGUACGAGGUCAAUAUUGAAUUAUAUAAAGCUAUUGACCCUGAAAAUAGUCGGUUUUGCAAUCGGGGGAGGUGCAUAGAAGUAGUUCUCACUAAAACAACGGAAGAAGGUGGCUACUGGCCGACCCUCACGGCAGACAAAAAGAAGCACCACUGGUUAAAAGUAGACUUCAACAAAUGGCAAGACGAAGACGACAGUGGAGAUGAAGGCUUGGGAGGUUUCGGAGGCGGAAUGGGAGGCGGUGGCGACCUCGAAGAUAUGAUGCGCCAAAUGGGAGGCCUCGGAGGCAUGGGUGGAGAUAAACCGUCUUUCGAUGAUUUAGAUGGAGACGAUGAAGACUCAGAUGACGGAGAAAUGCCUGAUUUAGCAUAAGUUUGUAAGCAUCGAAGUCUCGAAAAAACACCAUCAUUAUUACAUACCAUAUAAUAAAAAAGAAUUGAAAAUUUAUAUACAAAAAAAGAUACCAAAUAAAUUCACUGCUAUUGCAGUAAAAUAACCAUUUAACAAUUGUAUUUUUUAAUGUGAAGGACUUAAGUUGGAAUUCGUACCGUUUGUUAUAUAUUGGCAUACAAAUGCAUUAAGAUUAGGCUCUGAGACAGUGAUUGAAUGUUAUUUUUGUUAUUUUAAGGAAAUUUAAUAAAA